UCACUCCUCGUAACUUCCACACAGCUAGCUCCACUUAUUUUAAAGUGUGUCUGUGUUCUUGGGCUUUUUCUCUCCCCGUGUGAGACACAAGCUCCUGCGGUGCUGCUCAUCAAUGUUGAUCUGGAAGAUAAACCCUGUUGAUGUGAAGGAUUAGAGACUGAGAUUGUUUUGAGGGGUUGUGUGAGAGAGGAGCUUUGCACUCAUGGAUCGCCUUGACCGAGCUCCUGGGCAGUUCAGGAACUUCCAGAAGGAUGAUUUUGAGGCUGACUGGAUCAAGGUGGCUAAAUGCAAAUCUGGUGAGGUGUACCAGGUCAAGGUCAAGCUCUGGCGGGAAAACUGUGCGUUGAAAAUGUUUGACACAACCUUGUGUGGAAACAACUUUUACAGGAAAAUAAUAGAGGAGGUGUCCAGCAUAGCCAAAUUGAAAUUCAAGUACAUAAUUCCCAUAUAUGGCAUGUGCAGUGAAGUGACUGCACUUGUGAUGGAGUACAUGAGUAAUGGGUCCCUGAACAAUCUUCUAGCCAGUCACAGUUUGAUGUGGCCGAAGAAGUUUCAGAUGAUUCAUGAGACCUCCUUGGGCAUGAAUUUCCUUCACAGCAUGAAACCUCCACUACUCCAUCUUAACCUAAAGACUUCCAAUAUCCUUGUGGACGAUCAUCUCCACAUCAAGAUUUCAGAUUUUGGUUUAAUCCACUGGGAGGAGGGCAUGAACAAGACCUUGUUCAUGGAGCGUCUGGCUGCUAGAGGGAACAUAAGUUACAUUCCUCCAGAGACCUUCACUCACUCCCCCGAUCCUCCAGGAACUACCUUUGAUGUUUACAGCUUUGGAAUUGUGAUGUGGGAAAUUCUGACACAACAGAAACCGUAUGCAGGUUGCAGUGUGACCACAGUGCUCUUACAGGUGUCGCAGGGGAAGAGGCCCUGUGUGACUAUGAUACCCGAUCAGAGGCCCCCUGAGUGUGAACAGAUGAUCAGCAUCAUGAAGCAGUGCUGGGACGAUGAUCACAGGAAGAGGCCACCGUUUUCAGACUUUGUGAAGCAAACGGAGGCUUUGAGCGAAGUCUUUAAGGUCCCGGGACCAAUUCACAGUGGCAAAAAUGGAGAUGCGGAUCAGAAAGCAAAUUAUCCCUGGCUGUUCUCAUCAGUGAAAAAGAUCACUAAUACCGAGAUGUCAGUCUCUCCUUCAGAUGGCCAGUAUGACAAGGAGGCCAUUCUCUCUAUGCUAUCAAAAAAAGACUUUGGCAGUUUCAGGAAGUCUGUGAGAAGGGAACACGUAUCCUCACAGUUUUCCGGCAAAAAGACACUCCUUCACUGCACAGUAGCUAGCGGUGAUUCAGAGAGUGUCGAGCACAUCCUGAAUCUGGGUGCCGAAGUCAACUGUACGACUGCCAAAGGUUACACUCCUCUUCAUAUUGCUGUUCUGCAGAGGCUAUAUGACAUCAUCUCUUUGUUGCUGGAACAUGGCGCAGAUGGGAGCCUGGGAGAUGAGGAUGAUUGGACACCACUCCAUUUUGCAGCUCAAAAUGGCGAUGACAGGACUGUCCGACUCCUGCUGGACAAAGGUGCUGUCAUCAAUGCCCAGGAAAAAACCGGCUGGAUGCCCUUCCACCUGGCCUGCCAAAAUGGACAUGAAACUGUGGUGCGCCUGCUGCUUUUGCGACAAUCGCAGGAAGCUGUCGUAGAACAGGAGAAGGCAAACGGGAGGACACCGCUCCACUUGGCCUCCAUCUACGGGCAUCUCAGUAUCGUGAAACUCCUCCUAACUCAUGGAGCAGAUCCCAAUGCGACAGACAAAUGUCUGUGCACUGCUCUUCACCUAUCAGCCGAGGAAGGCCAUAACAGAGUAGUCAGACAGUUGAUACAGAGUGGAGCGACUGUUGACAUUGCAGACAGCAAAGGGAAUACUCCACUUCACCUGGCUGCUCUGAAGGGUCAUACAGGCAUAUGUAGGCAGCUGUUGUCAAACGGAGCCAACCCAGAUGCCACUACUAUCCAGGGAUGGACACCCAUGCACCUGGCUGCCCUAAAGGGACAUGAAGCAACACUGGUCCAACUGGAGAGUCAGGGUGGUUGUGUAAAUGCAAGAGGUGAGAACGGAUGGACUCCACUACACCUGGCCUGUCACCAGAGUAAGCCAGAUUUGGUAGCAAAACUCUUGUCAGCCGAGGCCGACCCACAUGUCACAGAGGAGAGUAAAGGAUGGACACCACUACAUGUGGCCUGUAAAAGUGUGAGUUUUCCAAGUGUCCUCCACUUGAUAUUCCAUGGCGCAAAUGUCAAUGCUUUAAAUUAUGGAAAUGCCACACCUUUACACCUGGCUGCCCAGCACGGCUGUGUACCCAUUGUAAAAGCUUUACUGAUGAAUGGAGCAGACGGGACACUGCUGGAUUCUUCUGGAUCCACAGCUUUAAAUGUAGCUCAGCAGAGUGAAAAGUUGGAAAUAGUGGAAUUACUAGAGAAUGGAUGUUAACUAUCAUGAGGAUGACAAUAUAAUGGAGAAGUUGCACUAUAGAGGAGGGAUUAUCAGGAAACUUAAAGCACGAUAUUGAUGAUUUUUUUUCACAGAAAAAAGACCAGUUUUGCAACGCAUAAGAAAACCAAAUCAAUUUCACAAACCCAUCUAUAUUUUGAAUGUUGUCAGACCAUUGCACAAUUGAAAGCAGAAAUCCAUUGCUGUCCUUGCUUAAAAAAACAGCGUCCGAUUUUUACAGUAAUUAUUUCCCGUAAAUUCCACAGACGUGCCACACGAUCAGGCAUUUGUAUUGAAAAUAAUUACUUUAAACUCUGUGAAUGCUUGACAGGGUCAUUAUUGUGAUAAACUGUAGUGAGCCACCCACAUGGGGGUCACAAUCGGGUGAAGUAUACUAUUAUGACAAAGUAUAUUGAUUCUCCUUAUUGAAUCCCUGUGCUUGUUUGCUUCUUUAUGUGUGCUUUCCUGUCGACUGGAAGAUAGAAAUGAUAUAGUAAAAAGUGUUGCUGUUACUAAGGCAUUCUUUUGGUUAAACUUGUCAGACUGCAGGUAUUAUUUGUCCAAUCUGGUUAAAUGACAUAUAUCAGAAUCGACAUAGCCAUUUUUAACAGCUCCAUGUGAGAAUUUGUGAUUAAAAAUCCAUGUAUGCUUCAUGACCAGCCACGAUAAUUCCUUACAGACUGAAGGAGUCACUUCCCAGCAUGUGACACACUCAUUUACCACAGUGACACCUUAUUAAAUUGAAAUGAAAUGCAUGGUUUCGGGAGCUGUAUUGACCUACACAUUCACAGGGUUUUUCCUGGAACCACAGUGACUGACUUAGAUGUAGUGCUAGGAGCUGAGCUGAAUCAAAUGACUGUAAAUGAACAGAGCAGAGGUAUAUUUAACCUGAGCUUGGAUUUUUUUUUAAAACAUGUUGCUAAGUGAAUGUCUGCUGUAUCAUUUUUAAAUUGCUAUUUUAUUCUGAGUUUAUUUUCCCCCUUCACAGCAUCUCUGACCCUGAGCAAAUUAAGUGCUGUCUGUUUACUUGUGUGGAUUUUCCUUCUGUGUUGAUUUUGAUUACAUCGUGACAGCAUGAAACCAUCAGUCCUCUUCUCCUGCUCAUUAAAAGAACUGGGUAAAAAAUUUC